GGGUACGCGUUUAUCAGUGUCGGGAAAAUUCAUCUCUAUUUAACAUGUAAAGCACCAGUCGUUCACCACUAUGGUCCUUCCAACAACCUUACAGGGCAAUUUGAUGCCUGCUGAGAUAAACUUCUUAGCUGAGAAUGAAACAGUCACCAUAUUACCCAGGUAUUCCAUGAAGAAAAUCGAAUUAAUAGGCACACCAAUCCCACCAUUACGAGCCAUGAGAAGAGAAAAAGUCCCGUUAUGGGUAGCCCUUAUCCUCAAAUCACAAGACAAAUGCAACAUCGUCCCUCCCAAAUGGUUAAAUCUCGCAUACUUGAAAGAAAAACACGAAGAAGAACUACGAAAACCAAACCAGUUCAGCGACUUACCAUGGCAUUGGCAAGAGAUUGCCAAAAUCUUACUUGCCCGAGCCCAGGAUGACUUAAGCGAUCCAUCACACCAAUUACGUAGCGUUAUUCAGGAUUUACGAGAGAUACGGUUGGUCAAGUCGAGAAAAGGGUUGAAGGAGUUGAAUGAGUCGAAUAUUCUGUUGAAUGGAUUGUCACUUUUGGAGAUUAACGAAUUGAGACCGUUUGUGCUUGGUGUGAUGAACAAGUUAAGACUGCUUCAUGAGACCACCACCACCAGUAAAGAGGUUGAUGAAGAUAUGGCCGAGGUUUCUGAUGAUGAUUACUAGAUAGCACUGUAAUAUUAUAGCAUUUACUACUACUUUG